AGCGGAGCGGAGCGGGCCCAUGGCGGGCGGGGGCGGCGGCCGGUAGCGGGCGGAGGCGGCCGGGUGCUGCCGGGCCUGGGUGCGGCCCGAUGUGGCUGCAGCAGCGGCUGAAGGGGCUGCCGGGGCUGCUGUCGAGCAGCUGGGCGCGGCGGGUGCUGGUGCUGGCGGCCGCGCUGCUGGCGGCCUACUGGUGGCUGGGGCGGCGCGGGCUGGGCGGCGGGGCGGGCGCGGCGGCGGCGCGGGGCGGCGCGGCGGGGCUGUGCCUGCAGGCCGAGACGCACGGGUGGCGGGCGCUGGCGGAGCGCGGCGAGGCGCUGCCGCUGCCACUGCCUGGGGCCGGCGCUGAGGGGCCGCCGGCGCUGGUGGGCAACGGGUUCGUGGUGCUGGACGCGGGCGUCGACCGGCUGUGGGUGACAGCGGGCGCCGAGCUGGUGCGCACCGAGCUGGCGUUGCUGGUGCAGCUGGCGGCACCGGGCAGCCCGGCCGAGGCGCGGGCAGCGGUGGCGGCGCUGCGGGAGGGCGCGGUGCGGAGGGUGCGCUGCCUGGCGCUGGGGCCGGGCGCCGAGUGCGUGACGGUGCGGGAGGAGCUGGUGGCGCACCGCCGCCGGCCGCACCUGCUGCUGCAGCGCCUGCACGUGGCCAACCCUGGCGAGCGCCUGGCCGCCUUCGAGGCCGCCCGCCCCGGCGCGCGCUGGGCCGCCAGCAGCCUGGAGAAGGCGGGCGACCGGCAGUUCGUGCUGUCCUCGGCCCGGGUGCCGCUGCCCGGCAGCCCUAAGGUGGUGGCGCUGGCCGUGGCGGCCCAGAAGCUGCCGAGCCGCGUGCAGGUGGCGCCCCGCUCGCACUUUGAGGAGACGCUGCUGUCGGUGGUGCACGUGUCCGAGCCCCUCGAGCCCUCGCGGCUGGACGAGGCCCUGAGCCAGCUCUGGGAGGCGGCCAAGAAGGAGAUGCUGGAGGUGAUGGAGGUGGGCGCGGACGAGCUGCUCCAGGAGCACCGGCAGACUUGGGCCGACCUCUUCAUCUCAGGGAUUGAAAUGAGAAAGAUCACGGAUUCCCGGACACCAUCCAGCGAGACUGUCAACAUGACGCUCUAUUAUGUUCUGUCCUGCAUGCCAGCUCCUCUGUUGGACCCGCUCAUUAGUGGUGAAGACAGGGAAAAAAUGGAAGCCAGCUUGAACUAUGCUGACCACUGCUUCAGUGGCCAUGCAACCAUGCAUGCAGAGAACUUGUGGCCAGAGACUCUGACCAGUGUUCCCCAAAUCCUGCAGCUUUUGGACUUGUGGAAACUGACACUCCAGAAACGGGGAUGCAAGGGCCUUGUGGCAGCUGGGGUCCAUGGGCUCAUGCAGGGGAUGGUGCUUAGCUUUGGAGGCUUGCAGUUCACUGAAAACCAUCUCCAGUUCCAAGCUGACCCUGAUGUGCUUCACAACAGCUACUCCCUGCGUGGGAUCCAUUAUAACAAGGACCUGAUCAACCUGGCAGUGCUGCUUGAUCCGGAAGGCAAGCCCUUUCUGCAUGUGUCAGUGAAGUUCCAGGACAAGCCCGUUAAGCUAUACGCGUGUGAGGCAGGCUGCCUGAAUGAGCCUGUGGAGCUGACCUCCGAGUUGCGGGGUCACACCUUCCCUGUCAUGGUGACUCAGCCUCUCACCCCAUUGCUUUACAUCUCUACAGAUUUGACCCACUUGCAGGACCUGAGACACACGCUCCAUCUCAAAGCCAUUUUAGCCCAUGAGGAGCACAUGGCCAAGCAGUACCCAGGCUUGCCCUUCCUGUUCUGGUUCAGUGUGGCCUCUCUAAUCACGCUCUUCCAUCUGUUUCUGUUCAAACUCAUCUACAAUGAGUACUGUGGGCCAGGAGCCAAGCCACUCUUCAGGAGUAAGAUUUAUCAGCCCUGAUGCUGUCCACUGCAUUACUCUGAAACCACACAGCCAGACUUGGAGCCAGCUAAGCACCUGCUUCUUGCAGUGAUGCCCUUUGCAGUGCAAGGAGGACAGUAAUAUCCUUGGUUGGAGUGUCCCAAAAUAAAGAUGUCUUAACAUCAGCUCAGUGUGGAGGCAGGGGCAAAGUGAAAUAUGUUCCUGUAGCUGUAAGCAAGACUGGUGAAAUAACACCUUGUUUUAUUAAUUGAACAGGAAGAUCCCGGUGCCUGAAUGUGCAAACUAACAGUCCUGCUUUCAGCCUCCAUUUGCAAAAGACUGCUAACAUCUGACAGUUCUGCAGCUGGGAACAAGGACCUUUUGAAAGCAACAAUCCUUUUGUGCCUUGUUUAGAGGGGAACUGGGGACUUGAAGUGAGGUUUUUCAAGAGUUUACACUAGAAAUUCAAGUCACUGGGUUGUCUCUUUUUUCCAUGUAAGCUAUUUAGUUCUGUAAGACUAAUCAUACUUGAAAAUAUACAGAGUUCUUCGAUAAUUUGAUUUUGAUUUUAUUUUUUUAAUUUAACAGGAAAAUAAAAAAUGAGAAUUCCCUGCCAAGAGUUACCUAGCUUGUUCUGUAGUGUCACUUCUUUUCUGGAAUGCUUUUUUUUUUUUUUAAUUUAUUGGGUGAGAAUGGGAAUGGGAUGUGGUGUUUGUAUCUAAUUUUGAUAGCAAAUAACUCAGUUAAACUAUAUCUAAGUGCUGGUAACAGGCUUUUUAGCAUUCAUGAGGGUAGAGUGCAAAAUCAAUAUGUGGUUUGAAGUUUGGUAAUGCCAACUUAUCAGUUUCCCACUCUGAACAUCUUGAGACUGUAUUGGUAUGUUUUGACUGUUGGGGAAACAUCCUACUUUCUAGUGAUUUGAAAGUUAUUUGGUUUUAAAAUACCAAAGCUGUUGUUUUUAAAUAAAUACUUUUCUGUCUACAGUA